GAUAAUGAUGGUAUUUUUAUUUGAAGUAGAAGUCAAUGUUUUUGAUUUUUGCAAAACUUAGUUUCUGUUUGAGCAGAUAUUAUUGUAACUUGAGCUUGGGUACAGGACGAACCUCAGAUUCAGCAGAAUCCAAGGAUAAAGAGAUCAUUUUCUCCUCUGCUACAGUUUUCAUAGAGAUAGAAUUGCUUGUCAAAGAUUUUAUAGACAUCGGGAAAUGAGAAAACAACUUAGGAAUAGCUGAAAAUAUCUGAAGGGGCAGCUAAGUUGUUAAGCUUAGAACUUUAUUUACAAAAGGAAACAAUAUAGGAUAAGAAAAGUUAAUUUUUGCCUGGAAGAAAAAUUGCCUAAGCAUGCCACAUAAACAAUUCUUAUCAAAUGCGAAGUUUAUAUAGUUGUAAAGGUGCUUAAGAUCACAAUAGACUCAGAUUUGGAAAGUAACUAACAUGUUAAUUAUAGUACUUGGGAUGAUAAUAAUAUUAAUAAUAGAGGCCUGUUAUUAGUUUUUCUUUUUUGACAAUUUUUUUAGGACUCCAAAUCAACCUUUUCCUUUUCGAGGGACUAUAGAAUUUUCUCCAAUAGACUUAUUAUUUCAGCUUGUUUUUGUACAUUUGACCGUUUUGAAUGUCUUAAAUUGAAACAUUUUGAAGUUUUGCAUUUCACCAGCCUUUUGUACCGACGUCUCAUUACAUUAACCUAUUUUUGCUGCUUUAAGCAACAAGAGGAAAUUCUCCUUUUGAUUAAACUACAUGAGCAAGCUUAUUUUCUCAGCAAGUUAUUCCUUUUUUUCUAGGAUUUUCUCCCUCUUCCAUGAAAAUUACUCCCCCCCCCCCAAUUGCUCAGCUUCCUCCUCCCCUUGGUCUGGUGGAUGCCUGUUUUGGGUUGAUUUUAUUUCCCUGCCUCCCUUUCUGAAUUAGCGAUAUUAUUCGAUUAUCUAACCCUUCCGUGCUUAAUGUACUGAAACCGCUCCCCCUCUCUUUCUCCAGAGUAUAAACCCAAAAAACAAAAAUCUAACCAAGACACGUUACCCACUAUGCAAUCAAUCGCCCACCCAGCCAAGUAAAUCAAUAAACAAAUAGACUUUUCUGAUAGGAACCAAAUUAGAAACACUGGAACUUCUAUUCAAUUCACCAACUCAAUUUAAUUACAAGAAGAAAACUGGGUAUUCGAGAGGCCCUUAACUCUCCCAAGAACUCAAUACCAAAAUCUCCCCCUCAAUAUUCUGCUAGUCUCUCUUAUUUAUAGUUUGUUAUCCAGCGACACUCCCCUCCAACGGCCUCAGCUAUCAGCCAUGCUCCCUUGGCUGCUCUUCCCUUUUUUCCCUUCAACUGUUUUUGUCACUUUCCCCCUCUCCCAAUAUCCUAUUCUGCCCCCUGCUUCUUCCCUCCUAUUUCUUUGCUGGUACAUGUGACUAACAAGGGUCCUAUCAUUACUUCCUCCCAUGAAACUCACAUUGUCCUCAAGGUGAGACUCCACCAAAUUACCAGCUUUCUCAUAUUUUUGCUGGCCCAGAUUUUUAAGAUCAGAAGCAAAUGGCGCCCCAAUAAUCGGUAAGAUGCCCUCCUUGGACGUUAUUAGAUCUGCCGUCCUUGACCUCAGAUUCCUAAUCAUCUUCCUCGGCUGCUUCAAUGCCUUGGCCGCUUCCCGUCUCGUCUUGAACUGGACGAAGUUGUAGCCCUUGGUCUUGCCCAUGACUCAGUUGAAGAUGACUUUGCAGUCCUCAAUCUCGUCGUAUGACUCGAAGGCAAAGACUAAGGUUUCUUGAGUCGUGUCUCGCGCGAGGCCGUAGACGACGAGCUUGCGACGAGAUAUGUCGCGAUCCGCGGCAUCGCGGAAGCAAGUGAAGAGGAAAGCGUCGGGCACGGCGGCGUCGACAAGGAAGUUAAUCCGCUAGUACUUGGUGUAGGGCUCGAGAAGUUUUUGGAUCUUCUCGAGCUUGGUCUCACCGGAGGAGGAAUCAUCGUCGGCGUCCGAAUCGGAUUGAAUUGGCAUCGCAGUGUCUUUGGUUGGGAUUGGAGCUUGGUAUUUUUGAAGCUUCUUCUUCUUCGCCUUACCCUUCUUCGCCAUUGCUUGAGCAGAGACGCGAUGGCAGCGCCCUAUGGCUUCGUCUUUCAGAUUUGCUUUCUUACCCACACGAAUCUCUCUUCGUCUCAUUCGCUCCCACCGGGACCACAAAAUGGCCCCUCCUUCAAAACCUAGAGUCGCGGACUCUUGUUUCUCUGCCUUUGUCACCCCUCGGCCCACUCUAACUCUAGGCGUCACCUCGGAAUCCUGGGUGAACUUCUAUGGCCGAUCUUCGUCCUUCCCCUUGCUCUUGCUCGCCCGCUCCUGUUCUUCCCAUCUUGCUCGCAUCCUCGCGAACUGCUCUAGCAGGGUCGCUAGGUGUCUCUCCAUCGUUUGAAACACACUCCUCAUGGCAUCAUCUUCCAGUUGAAUGCCUUCCACCCUCAUCUCCAAAUCACCCACUCGAUCGGUCAGGUUCACCAUUAGGAUCGGAGAUGCUCUGAUACCAAAUUGAUAGGAACCAAAUUAGAAACACUGGAACUUCUAUUCAAUUCACCAACUCAAUCUAAUUACAAGAAGAAAACUGGGCAUUCGAGAGGCCCUUAACUCUCCCAAGAACUCAAUACCAAAAUCUCCCCCUCAAUAUUCUGCUAGCCUUUCUUAUUUAUAGUUUGUUAUCCAGUGACACUCCCCUCCAACGGCCUCAGCUAUUAGCCAUGCUCCCUUGGCUGCUCUUCCCCUUUUUGCCCUUCAACUGUUUUUGUCACUUUCCCCCUCUCCCAUUAUCCUAUUUUGCCCCCUGCUUCUUCCCUCAUAUUUCUUUGCUGGUACAUGUGACUAACAAGGGUCCUAUCAUUUUCAUGUAUAUAUUUUUCUUUUCUCAUCAAAUAUUCACAUGAAUGAUGAACUUGUUUUCAUGAUUUUCAGUUUUCCAAUGCUUAUAGGCCUUACUUAUCUUGAUUUCGUUUGAGAAACAAAGGAUUCUAUCUGUUUCGUUUUGGUUCCAAUUUGGAGAAAGGAAAAGAAAAUCGGGACGAUUGCAAUGCCUGUGCAUUGUACAACAACUGGUGGCCAAUGUUGUCAGCUCUCAUGUAUGUUUUAGUGCCCAUGCCAUGUUUAUUCUUUGGAGGUGGAUCAACUCAAUUCUUAAUCAGCCGUGAUGGUGGAGGCUGGGUGGAUGCUGCUAAGUUCUUAACAGGGGCUUCAUCAGUGGGAAGCAUAGCCAUUCCCAUUAUCCUCAGGCAUGCCGGUUUGAUCGGGAUAGGAGCUAUGUGGAUCGAAUUUUUUUCCUUCUUCAUAUUCGUAUGCACCGUCUUGUGUUUUCAUCGCGCCAGUCUUGAUGAUGAUGAUUGGUUGUGAAUAUCCGGCACAUCAAAGGAUGACAGUAAUGGGUGCCCUGUUGAUCAUUUUGAUUUCAGUUGUAGCGCAGGUGGUUUUAAAAUUCAGUUAAUAGCACAUAUAGGAAGUGAAAACAAGAAGCAAAAUUCUGCUCUGAAAAGGCUCAAUUUAUUUCAUGUACAUCUUUCGAAGCUGCUUUGACUUGUAUUAAAUCAUUUUCUUACAUUAUAACGUUCUAGCUUAGAACUUGAUGCUUGAA